CAAGGAAUUAUUUUACUCUUAUUGCGUGCUUACUGUAUCUUUGCAAAGUUUCAAUACUGCGAGCAUUAUUUUCUUUAUGUACUUUAUGUUGCGAAGGCAUGAACCGCAAUAUAUAGGUAGAUAAGUAGUAUUAUGUAUUAUUCGCGCAUGCUCAUUAAGUACAAGCCACGCGCUUCUGAUAAUCUCCCUCAAUUCUGAUAAACUUGACAUCUUGAAGUCUGUAAGUUAAUUACCAAGUGCCAGUCUUAGCAGUUUCCGUGUAAGCAAUCAGCCUUUUUUUUUUUUUUGAGAGAGACUUAGGUUACUCCCAGAGGUGAUGGAAUGUAAUUUCUCGUCGUUUCAUAGUGACGGAAUACAGGCGCGUGUGUAAAGUUCUGUGUUGGCUGUUUCACAAACACAGCACGUAUUUCGCACAGUGGCAUUGAUACAAAGGCUUUUGGCCCACUCAUUUUGGCGAAUUCACUUUAAGUAAACUAUCACAUUUCUUCUUGGUCACCUUCUCUGAGCCUUUUAAGAGCGAAGAUUGUGAACCAAAUUCUAGUUUAUACUCUACGCUGCUUAUAUUGUAUGCACCCAAUACACCUCCGCGAUACGGACAACCCAAGUGGCGACGUAGAGGUAAACAGCUCAGCCACUGCUUGGUACUCAUUUUUUCGGAGCGCUUCUGCUUGUAUUUAUCGAAGCGUCCUAAAAAAAUGGCACGACGUUCUAUCGGAAGCGUACUUUCGUCAUGACAGUUUCACAAGGGAUAAAUUCCCAUACAACGCUUCAAAGGGCCGAAUAAACAAGCGCGCGCAUUGAUUCUAAUGCGGCUGCAGCGAGCCACUGGAGGGUUCAGCGCCGCGCCGGCCCGGUGAGGGGGAGAAAUCCGAGGAGAAUUGAGGAGGAAAGCGCGCGCGCGGGGGAGAGUGUCGCUACUUUCUAACAUCAAGGGGCUUUACCCUAUCUCCGCAGGGGGUUGGGGUGGUGCGGUGUCACGGCGGUAGCGGCGUCGGUGGCCAUGCGGUGGUGUGCGCAUGCGCGCAUGUGUGUUGCAAGCGAUUACCGCUACGGUCGCUAGCUUCUACCUCAAGUGGAAAGGAGGAAAAGGGGAAAGAUUUGCUGCGAGGCGGUAAAAGCAUUGCUUUGGAAUACCGGCACUGGGAUCGCCCCGUUGAAUAAUGUUGCAACCAUCUUGGCUUUCACGUGAAGUUCCUGCACGAGGUGGACGAGACAGCGCCGACAUAGCGGAUCACGAGGGUCACUUGCAUUUCCCAUGCAGCAAGGAUGGCGGUGACAGGUGCCGGUUGCUGGAGCACCGUCGAGUCAUCAACACGGCUCUCAUAGAUGUGGGCCUCGAGCUGCGUGAAGAUAAAAACGACAAAAGCGGCGUCUGUAUUGGACUCGUUGAGGCUAUCACUUGUGGAUGUAGGUUCUUCGGCUUACAAGAGAACUUGGGCAAAAAGAAGGCACUGGAUCUCGUCGAAUAUAUCCUCGCUAACCACCACUGCCUCACAGCAAUAGAACUGAGCGGUAGUUUGAGCGGCCGCCCUUCGCUGCUUGCAGUGCUGAAAAACCAUCGGUCGCUCAAAAACUUGACUGUUUGGGGGAAAAUUAAAACAUCUGACGAAAUGUUUGUAAUGACGGUGAUCAAGGGUUUCUCACAGAUUGACAAGCUGGCCUUCAAGAUUUAUGAUUUUGAGAAAGACUGGUAUAUGAGCACACGUAUGUGCAGUACUGCCUUCGAUCUGCGCAUGCAUCAGCUCUCGAGCCUCGAUGUGGGAGAUCUGAUUAUAAUGCCAGCAGAGGCGGAUGAACUCUUCCAAUCCCUGAUGCAAAACAAAAGCAUCACUGAUCUGACAGUCGGAUUGCUCACGCUGUGCUACUGCGACGACGACUGCUGCUCACCUCUAUUCGUUCGGUAUCUCGAGAAGCAUGACUCCACCCUGAAGAAAUUAACUCUCAAGUCACACAUCUUCCAAGAAAGUGGAUUGCUCCUGACGGUGCUGAUCGACACUGUAUGCAGGAUGACUUCUUUGGAGGAGCUGAAUGCAGACUUCGUCAUGGGCAACGAUUCAUUCAUGGAAGUGACCGGCCUCUUUUCCAAAGUGGCCACUCAGAGUGCUACCGUGCGCCGCCUGACUCUUCCUUCAAUGUUGUGUGAGUGUUACGACUUGUCCUGCAACGACUGUGCCCAUCCACCUGACGCCGAUGCUGCCGAAUGCAUGGAGCACUGGCUCACCGCUCUGAGGAUGCCAGACUUAGCACUCAACGCUCUCAGCAUUGAUUUACGAGGUUUUGGCGAAGCAGAAUGCCGUGCCUUCGUCGGCGCAAUCGCAGACAAUAACUCUCUUAAAUCGGUGACUAUCCACUCUCUGACUGCAGUCGACAGUACCGUGAGCGUGUGCAGAGCUAUCCGAGAGCACGGCCUGACUCACCGAGUGACUAUCGGAGAGUACCGCAUGGCCCUUAAGAACAUAAAUGUGCUUUCGCGAUGUCCGGAAAUCAACACCGUAACCCUCAGGAUGAGCGACAUUCAGGACAACGAAGCCGUUGGGCUUGAGUCAAUAAGCACAGCAUUGCAAGUGCUCAGGGGUUGCGACCAUGUGAACACACUACGAGUGAUUUGCGACAUCUUCUACCACGUCGCCUUCUCAGCCUUAACAGCAUGUAUACGAGGCCUGUCCGCACUCACAGACAUUGACAUAGACCUGCGCUAUCACUGGGCCCUUCCGAUGGAACAGGGUCGUCGCAACGUAGAGGCUGAACUGUUGUCGGCACUGACAUCCAAGAGCAAGCUCAUAAGAGUGAAGGUGAAGGGAACUGUACUGUGCAACGACGACUUGAAACUGCUCGAAGAUGUUGUGCACAAGAGCCCGAACCUCAUCGAAGUCCACCUAACGCCAGAAUGCGUCACCAGUGUGAUGCACAAAGUCAAUUGUCUCAGGCACGCGGAUGAGCGGUGUAACAAAGCACAUACGUCCACAAACAUCUUACUUGUGAGCAUUCAGGAAACUGCGCGAAGGAAUGCCUCCCUAGUUCGGGCAGCUGCAAGGUACGUGCUGGACGGUCAAGAUGAAGCAGAUGACGCGCGAGCCUUCGAAUUCUUUCACAAUCAUCCGCAUGUGCUCAAACUGGUGCGAGAAGGGGCUCACGUCACGAAGGCUGAAGCAGAAAAAAUGGUCAAGGGCGCCCUCUGGCGCAUGCGUCACUGCAGCCUCGACCACUUCAUGAGACUGGCCGGCGUCGUCAAGGGGACGGUGGAAUGUGUCGGCGCCAGCAAACAGCUAACCGACCUAAACCGGGACUGCUGGCUGCGUGUUCGCAGUUUCCUGAAAAUAGAUGACGUCGCAAGUGCGAGCACAUCUGGCAGUCAUUGAUGGUGGAGCCAUGAAGCCAAAGAAAGGCCCAGUACAGGCGUGGUCCUUCUACUGCUAUGGAACGGCUAGAACAAGGCGAGUUCUCAGUGCGAGGACUUGGUGUGUCACGUCGCCAUAACAGCAGGACAUGUUCGGGACACUUCUGGUGCAGCUCUGUCUAGAACCGCUGACGUUAAAGUGUUCCGACGACCCCGAAGAAGCUUCACGUACCUGAUUCUGUACAUUUGUGAAUGUAGCAGCAAGUUUGUACUAAGUUAUGUGUGCUUUCCAGGAUCUGUAAUACUUUUGUAAUAACGAUUAUGUUUAGAUCACCGGCGUUCAGCACUAUUUGGUGCCUAGUGAUCGCAAUGUGUUGAGAACUGAUAUCUCUAAAUCUGCACGGCUUUCUGUGCUAGAUUUAAAUCCAGAUGUCUGAGAAGAAAAACAUUUUUUGACACAGCCAUCAUGUCUCUUUCUAAAUGUAUAGAACACAUAAAAAUAGCAAGUGUACGUUAUGUACGUAACCGUAAUGACACUUGUUUCCACAAUUGAUUCUUUGAAAAUUGUGUAAUGAAACGGAGAAUUUGCUAGCGAGCAAGAGGGAAAUGCGCGUGUGCUUCGGCCUGAAUAAAUGAUGGUU